UAUGGAUAUCUUAGAAAUAACGUAGCCUGCAUAAAACUACCUGGACACAACAAAAUCAAAGAAUUACAAAAUGUUUAAGAGGAUAAGAUGAGAACAAGAGUAGUGUAGAGUAUGCAGUGCCACCAACUUAUGUCAUGCAGCCUAAAUGACUAAAGCAGCCAGGCUAAGUGGAGUGGCUAGCAUUACGGACGUAAUACUGCAGGCACAUCGGGGCAUUUUAACAAUUUCAGUAAAAUUAGUCUUCCAAAAGCAAGUUUGUAGCGGCUUUGACGGGGACACCGUAUUUUGCCGGGGGGCGUGUGGCUGCAACACGACAGCCGAACGACAGGCCGCAAAUGGAUCCAGGGACAUCGCGUGAAAUUACCAACGGCGCGGGGUUGCCUAGACCGAGCGGUCUUCGCGAGGAGACCCCGGGGGAAGAAGCGAGAGGCGGAGAAGCGAGCACCGUAAUGUCGAAGCGAGCGGAGGAGUUUACAGUGCCAUGCGAGGAAGAUGAACCGGGGAAACGGAUUCAAACCGGAGGAGAAGAAGAAGCCAGCAAACACGAAGAGGAAUUGGACCCAAGGAUUCAGGAGGAGCUGGAGCAUUUGAACCAGGCCAGUGAUGAGAUCAACCAGCUGGAGCUGCAGCUGGAUGAUGCCCGGUCCAGCUACAGGAGGAUCCUUACUGAUUCUGCCAGGAAGCUCAAUGCUCAGGGCUCCCAGCUUGGCACCUGCAUUGAGAAAGCAAGGCCCUACUAUGAAGCCCGCAGACUUGCCAAAGAGGCCCAACAGGAGACCCAGAAGGCUGCUCUGAGAUAUGAGAGGGCCGUGUCCAUGCACACUGCUGCCAGAGAGAUGGUGUAUGUGGCGGAGCAGGGCCUCCUGGCUGACAGGAACACCAUGGACCCAACCUGGCAGGAAAUGCUUAACCACGCCACCGCUAAGGUGAACGAGGCGGAGGAGGAGCGCCUGCGCAGCGAGCAGGAGCACCAGCGCGUCACCCAGCUCUGCCAGGAAGCCGAGGCUCGAGUCCAGAUACUCCAGAAAUCCCUGAAGAAGGUCAUCGUCAAAUCCAAACCUUACUUUGAACUCAAGGCUCAAUUCAAUCACAUUCUAGAGGAACAUAAGGCUAGAGUCGUACAGCUGGAGGAGCGGGUGGCGAAAGUGAAAACACGUUACUCUGUGGCUCUGCGGAACCUGGAGCAGAUCAGCGAGCACAUCCACGCACAGAGGGGCCAAAUCAGGGCCAGCAGGGGGCGUCCUGCAGUCUGCGGGGGACGGAGCUCCCCCGUGGGGGCUGAGGCGGAGUUCCAAGCUUCCAUUGGGAUUCCCAUCGGGAGCACCAGUGUGGGAUUUGGCGGAAUAGAGAGCAACUGGGCGGACGGGGAGAAGACCAGGCUGUGGGUGGAGAGGCACAGGGAGAGCGGCUGGGGCCAGAGGGAGCGGCUGGAGGCGAAGCACACCGCCUCAGACUGCAUGUCAGUCACCAGCCUGAAGACCAUUGCCUCUGACCUGGAGAAGUGUGACUCGGUGGAGCACCUGGGGGACCUGAGCGACCCUGGGAGCGCCCUGGCAGAGGAGUGGGAGCGCGACAGAAAGCCUAAUGAGAGGCCGGACAGCAGGGCAGCAGGGGCAGAAGCAGGGGCCCCCCGCAGGAGAAGGGAGGGGUUACCAAGGAGACUCAGGAGAGUUUCAACAAACAGCACCACAGAAGUGUGAGUCUAUGAUAGUCAGCCAGAGGACCAAGCUGGAAGAGAAGAGAAGUAAUGGUGCGUGCCCACUGGCUGCGUCAUUUACACAUUUCCUAGUCCUAGUCUUUGUAAACAGCCAGCAAUGCAUUCUGGGAGCAUUGCAGCUCCCUUUGAGAAGCUUAGCAUUAUUUGCUUGCUCUACAUUUGCGUAAAGUUGAAUCUAGACUAAUUUAUGUUAAUUUGAUUUCCCGCCUCUCUGAAAAUCUUUUAAAGUGACCGUUAGCGAUUAAAAUUGAGAUACAUUCGGCAACUGCGGAUUAUUUCUCUAUAACGUGUUUUUUAGGAACACAUUUUGGCGAAAUGUUUUUGUAAAAUGAGCAAACGUUUCCCAACAAGCCGUCGUGUUGGUCUGAUUUGAAAUCAUGAGUGAAGCGUUCAUCCAA